AAAUCAAAAUAAAGAAGAAAAAUACAGAAGAAAAUGAAGAGGAGGGUGAAGAAGAAAAAUUAGUGAAGAAGGAAUACAAGAAACCUAAGAAAAGAUAUGCAAAUUUACUGGCAAAAUUUAUUGACAACAAAUCUACAAAUACUUUUGUUGAAGUGUGGGAAGGAAUUAGUAUCGCUGAAUUAGCUGUUGCGAAUAAGAAGAGUGUGGAUGAAAUAUUUGAAAUUCUUCUCAACAUGAACGAGAAAGAAACAAAAGAAAUAAAAAGUGAACGAUAUCCAAUCUACAGUAGGAAAAUAUUAAACACCAUUGCUAGUGGUUUAAACUAUAAGAAUAACUAUAUAGCAAACCCGACUAAGAAGAAGGUUGAAGUGGUGGUGGAUAAAGAUGCGUACAAACGCCCGCCCCCUGACCCAGCCAACCUUGUUGCCCGCUCACCUGUUGUCACAAUCAUGGGCCAUAUUGACCACGGGAAAACAAGUCUACUGGAUUAUUUGCGUAAAUCCCGAAUAGUGGCAGGGGAGCACGGUGGGAUUACGCAACAUAUUGGAGCUUUUAGUGUCACAUUAGAAACUGGAGAUUCCGUCACAUUUAUUGACACACCGGGACAUGCUGCAUUCACGGGUAUGCGCUCAAGAGGAGCAAACGUCACAGAUAUUGUUAUUCUGAUAGUAGAUGCUUGCGAGGGGGUUCUGGAGCAAACUAAAGAAUCUCUCCGAAUUAUUCGACAAGCCCGAGCACCGUUCAUUGUAGCCAUCAACAAGAUUGACAAGAAAAACGCAAAUAUUGAAAAAGUUAAACAAGAGCUGGCAGAUGAGGGAGUUAGAUUGGAAGAGAAUGGUGGUGAUGUACAAUGUGUUCCAAUUUCAGCUCUCAAGGGGACCAAUGUAUCAAAGCUGAUUGAAGAGGUUCUAACCCUGGCUGAGGUUCUUGAGCUUAAAUGUGAUCCAACAGGACUUGCAGAGGGAACUAUCGUGGAAUCUCAGGUUGAGCAUGGGUUAGGUAAAACUUCAACUAUUCUGAUGCAACGUGGAACAUUGAAAACGGGUCAAUAUAUAGUUGGGGAUAAGUCUUGGUGCAAGGUGAAGCUGCUUCUAGAUGAUCGAGGGAAUAAAUUGAAAUCUCUUCAACCCAGCCAAGCUGCUAAAGUGGUAGGCUGGAAGGAACAGGUUCCAGCAGCUGGGUCUGAGAUUAUUGGAGUUGAGACCGAAGUUCGAGCAAAGGAAGUGUUUGCCUGGAGGAAAGCACAAGAACUGCAGACGACUGCAGAUCUUCAAGUGGAAUCUAUAGACGAGAAGAGGAAAGCUGAUCGGGAGAAGUAUGAGAAGUUCAGAAGAGAGAAACUAGAGAUGGGUUGGUUCAAACCUAGAUAUGGUGUGGAUUGGAACCAGAGACCUAAGGAGCAGGAAGAGGAGAGUACACAUCCUAAAGUUUCUGUUAUUAUCAAGGGAGAUGUUGACGGUAGUGUAGAGGCAAUCCUGUCCUGUCUUGAGACCUAUACCUGCCCACAGGUUGAUCUUGAUAUAGUCAGUUUCGGAGUUGGACAGGUGAACGAGUCUGAUAUUGUGUUGGCUACUCAGUUCAAUUCUAUAAUCUACGCUUUCAACACUUCAAUCUCUUCUGAUCUAGAGAAGGCGGCUAAAAGCUCAAAUGUUCCUGUCAGAUCCUACAAUGUUAUCUAUCAUAUGAUCGAUGAUCUGAAGACAGAGAUCAGCGACAAGUUGCCUCCGAUGGAGGUGGAGGAUGUCAUUGGGCGGGGGAACGUGGUCCAGGAAUUCAUGGUCACCGUCAACAAGGAUAAAGUCCCUGUGGCAGGCUGCAAAAUUAUCUCCGGACGGAUAUUGCGAGGUUCGAAGACAAAGAUUAUCAGAGAUUCUCAGAUCAUUUUCGAUGGGGAACUGGAGAGCCUCAAACAUCUUAAGGACGAGGUUGGAGAAGUGAAGAGCGGACAGGAAUGUGGUCUCCGAGUGAAGGAUGAGGAGUUGAGGUUUGAACCCGGAGAUCAGAUUAUAUCCUACACAACCAGGACGGAGAACAGGAGAACGGAUUGGGAUCCGGGCUUCUAAACAAAUUCAUCCUAGAUUGAAAAUUUUCUGUGAUCUAUAUUUAUCUGUUAUUUAUUACUUCUAGAAAAAUUUCGUUGAUAUUUUCAGA